AAGCCACAAUGUUCUUCUUCUGCCUAGACCUCGUUUGGAGACUAAGGAUUUAUAAUACAUUUGUGUUAGCUCCAGUGGUGUGAUUCAGAUAUGUAAACAACUGGUUCUCUGUGUGGUUGCCACUUCCAGAAGUCCAUUCUGGACCAGGGCAACAAAAAAUUAGCUACCAGUUCUACUUGAAUCACACCACUAGUUAGCUCCCUAACAAUUCAGUCUGUUGAUUUCUUGUUAUUAUCUGGGUGAGGGACAGCUAUCAUAUGGUCUGACCUUUAUUCAGAUUUCAAUUCUUUGCCCAUUUUACAGUGUGGAAACUGUCCCAACCAAAUUGUAUGUUCACCUCUAAGAGUUAUAGUUGGCUUUUAGCCUUGUCCCAAGUCAUAUAAAACGAUCUUAAAAAAAGAUCUCAUUUUUCCUUACGAGCUGGGCCAAGUAUUAAGAUAAUUGGGAGUGGCUUUUUAUCAUGAUCUGAUCACCUUCAAAGGUAGGGUAUAUCUGAAAGAGAACGAGAAGGAGCCUUUUCAAUGGCUGUUUAUAGGCUUCAGAAUUAUCUGCUAACGAAGAUCAGGAUUGAUUUCUGUUCUUUAUCUUUCUUCAGUAGGGUUCCGCCCUCCCCCCAUAUAAGCAUUUCCCAGAUAAGCUUCAUUAGCUUAUUUUGCAAACAGAUACAAGGUAAUAUAGCACCACCUACUGUUUGAAUCAUAUAAGAAAAAUUAGAGUACUACCGUAUAUUAUAAUUAAUGUGAGAGAGGCAGUUUGGUACACAGGUAGUUCUUUUGUUACAACUGUAAUGGAGCCUACUCAUUACGGUUGAAAAUUUGAACAUCAAAUGAACUACCUCACUUAACUCCCCAUCCCUGCUCUCCCCAAGGAUACUAGAUAGCACAUAGUGGGAAGGGAAAAUGUCUGUCUUUGCCAUUUAGGCUUGGAUCCCAAAGAUUUGAGCCUCUUUUGAGGUCACAGAGCCAAUUCCCCUCCCUGUUCUGCACCAGAAUAAGGGGAAAAAUAGGUGGCAGGGAGCUGCAGGGUCUCUAUGAGGGUGAAUGACCCUAAGUGUGCUGUAGUGGUCUUAACUUUGAAACCAAGUGGUAAAUACCUUUGGGUAGAUUUGUUAUAACUUCAAAUGGUCACAUAAGUGACAGCCACAAGUCGAGGACUAUCAUAAUGGUUAAGUCAUCAGGUUAAAAACUGCAAUUUGUAGUCCUGUCUUAGGCACCAAGUCAGCUGGGUGACCUUGGGCAGUUACUCUCUCUUAGGAAAGAGGCAAAUGGCAAACAAUUUGUGAAAAAACCUCGCCAAGAAAACGGCAAGGGAUUAGUCUGGGAAGCCAGGAGUCAAAAAGUGAUUCAAAGGGACAAAACAAAUGAAUUAAGUGAACUAUUCACUUAUAAAGAUAUAAAGAUCAAAUUGAGAAAGUUAUGUACUUAACGGUACUAAAAAUUAAGAUUUUAAUUUCAAAUAUUUUCAUUUCAAGAUACAAAAUAAUGCUGGAGUUUAUGUAGUCAAACCAACAUGAGACACUUACUCAAGAUUUAUACAAAAGCAAAAACCCAUGAAUGGAAAAUGGGGGGAAAGCCUUUCCAAAGGACUGAAUGAAGACUGAUCAGCCUUAGUGAAAAUCUGACCCAAAGACUUGUUUUACUUUAUGUUAAAACCAAACCAACCACUUUAUGGCUUAUCAUAUUACAUACAGUAAAAUACAUGCUACAGUAUUUAGUUGCCAAUCAUAUUGCAUAUGUUAGAAUAUCUUUUUAACUUCACUGAAAUAAUGGGGUGAAAUCCAUAAUUAAACAAUUACGGUUUACUAAUUCUUAUAUUUGUAAAACUAAAUCUCAGCUAUAGUAUUGCCUGGCUAAUUCUAGGCCAACUUUUCUCUUUCUAAAUGGGUGGGAUUUCAAGUCAGCAUGGUCCAAGUUGAGAAUUAAAAUCCAAGAGAUUUGGAGGGCACCAAAUGUUGGAAUGCUGCUAUAGGGAGUCUAAGAAAGCAGUAAGAUGAAAACUGUAACAAACAAUAUUGGUGCAUUAAGGAAAGAAACAUCAUUUACCAAAUUAAUAAGGUUUAGAUGAAUCCUGACGAGGGUAGCGUUAGGCUUCAGGAUUUGAUGACUGUGGUGUAGAUAGCAGAUUUCCUGAUGUUUCACCAGCAACUAUAUCUGAAGAUGCUCAAAAGAUACCAUCUGUGAAAGCCAAUGCUAGAUCCUAGCUAGUUCUACAUAAUUCUCUAUAUAGUAUUCAAUUUGGUUUUGAUACUUUAAUUUUGUCAUGCAGAGACUAUCUGGGCUUCACAUUUCCUUCAUGUGAAAGAUUCAGAAUGUAAUUUCUUCUACUCCCUCUGGCUAAUUUUUCCCAGAAAGUCUGUGUACCUUUUUCUGCCAUGCUUUAUUAACGAAUCUCCUCAGGCCAUUAUGUAUCCUCUUUAUGAAUUCUCUGUAGAUUUGUUAAUAGUCUCAACAAAUUUGAGAUCUGCAUUCCUUCUUUAUAACUGGGAGAUCUUCCAGCUCUGCUUGGAGUUACAUUUCCCCCAAAGAAACAGUCCAAUUUAGUGGCACUUCUGGAUCCAUAUUUUUUUCUCCAUGCUGAGUUAAUUGCCAGGAGUUCCUUUGUCAUUUUUUAGUAACACACAAACCUGGCCUUUCUAAAAGCCAACUAAGAACUGGUGUACAUACUGGUAACCUCCAGCCUGAUUACUGAAAUAGGGCUACAUAUUUACAUCUUUGCUAAAAGCAUGCUGUCAGCUUCCAAAUCAUUUUCAGGUAGAAUCUUAAGAGCUAAUUAUUGCCCUAAGCAGUUUAACUUUCUUUUAUAUGAUUUCACACUCUCUCACACACAUGCUAUUUGGGGAUAUCUACCCAUAGUUUUUGUAAGCACAUUUACUUGAGAGUUGCCACCUGUGGUAUAAUAUUCCUCUGUUGGUAUUUUAAAUUUUAAAGCACAUGUUAAUGGAUGCUUAUUUUCAUUUUUAAUGGUUGUUGCUUUACUGCCUUUACUAACAUUUUUAAACGUUUUAGGGCAAUUUUCAUGACUUUACAGUAGUUGGUGUAUUAAAAUAUUAAUAAAAUCUAUAACAGCACAGUGGGAAAUAUUUGAAGACUUUAUCUGUGCCACUCAGGCUGGAAUCACAUCGUAAUCUGGUUCAACUGGCUUUUGCUUCAUGUAUUGAGUAAACCCAGUGGCUGACUUGUAAAUAAUAACUUAUGAUUUAGUGUGUUGUGCAAACUAGCAAACUAUAAUCUAGUCAAAAAGGUUGGCUGGUUAGAACACAAAGUGCGAGUCUAGCCUCAGAGUCAUCUGCAGUCCAGUUCUAUAAGGUGGAAAGAGAAUUGUAAUAGAUAAAACAUCUCAACACUUUGUAAUAACUAAAGAAGCAGCUUUCUUUCAAUAUAUACAAUGCAUGCCAUCUUCUAAUCUUAGAAGAUACGUUGACAGUUCUCUUCCUAUACGAUACUCUGAUCUACAAACCCAUUUACUUAUUAAAUUUAUAUGCCACCAAUCUCACUUCCCAUUACAACUGGGAAGACUCUAGUUUAAGGAUGGCUGCCCACGGCAAUAUCUUUCUGGACCCAGAUUUCACUGCCACUUCCUUCAUUUGCUUGAACAUCCAGCUUGCUGUUUUUUCCAUACUUCCGUAUUUUGAAAUGUGUGCACCACACUGAAUGAUUUACAUUUGAAUGCAGUGUAAAAUAGAUAAUUAAAUAAGUUUAGCUCAUACAUCCUAGCAACUCUUUUUUUUAUCUCAAUCCAACUUCACACUCAGUUCCUUAUCUAACUAUGCUUUAAUAAUUUAAUUGUCCUUCUCAACAUGUUAAAUUUGGCAGAUAAAUUUGAAGAAUUCACAUCAUGGUGGGAAACCAUACUGUUACAGGGAAGUAAUCCUCUCUUCCUGUCUUCUCCUCUCUCUUCUACAGCAGUUACUCUUUAUUUCUGCUUUUCUAGAGUUCAUCUCCCUCAAGAAACUUAUCACACUAAAAAUCACUAAACAAAGUAUACACUGAAAACUGAAACACAGAAAAACAAACACUGAUAUUAGCAUUAAGCUUAAGACAGCCCAGCACCAUUAAAAUAUUUACUUCAGACUUGCAAACAUAAAAUCCAUGAUUCUGACACACAUUUAGCUGCUUUGUUGGAGGCGAACACCAGCGCAUAAAUCCUUCGGGAGUCAAAACUGGUUUGGAAAAUUAGUUUCCAACAUGGGGGUGAUGGUGUGUAUGAAGGUUACGUUGAAGGAAAGUCACUUUAUACGAGAUUAAAUUUGGGAAGCUCAUUUUAGCAUUUUAAAAGGAAGUUUCAGUAAUAAUGAAACAUCCGAGGGUAAGGGAUCAAGAACUCUGAGCUCCCCGACAUUACUCCGCAGUCCCAGCCGGCUUACCUAUCGGGCGAAAGUCUGGUGAGAGUUUCACAGUCCUGGCGGAAGUGAAAUGAAGGGAAAACACAAUUUAUACAAAUCGAAGUUUUAUUUACGAGGCUCGUUGCUAGCAGAGUGUUGGAGAUAUUGAGGGGGUGUCCAUUGAAUCUAACAUCUUGUUUCUUAAUUAUUGCUCUAAUAUAAUGAUUACGAGAUCCCCUUUUCCCAAGGAGCAUAAACCCCACGCCAAGUGGGAUUUCUUUCUUGGUUUUAGCUAUGCUUUGAAUCUUUCAGGGUCUCCACCCCUCCCCGCUUCGGAUCUGUCCUCCGGUUUCACGCAGAACUACCACUUCCUGGUUUUACACGCGGCCGCGGAAGAUCGACUCCUCUCCUGUACUCCGCGCUCCGGGUUUCUCCGAUCUCUUGGCCGGCUCCGCCCCGCGGCUCCGGUUUCAGCCGCUGCUACAGGGACCCCCAAGAUGGAAACGCAGGGGCUGCCUGCCGCCGCGGAGGCGGCCCAGACCGAGCCCGCCAGCCAACAACAUGGCGCUGGUGCGGCCGCCGCGGACAACGGGGCUCCCUCCCCAGGGCCUGUUCGCCGACCUCCUCAGCCUCGUGACUCUACGGGGGCGGCGGCAGCGGGGGCCUGGGGCCUGGACGUGACAUUCCCGGUGCUGCUGCUCCUCGAGGGGAAGCUGCCGGAGCCGCCGCCGCCGCCUCAGCAGUUGCCAGUGCCGCCGCCGCCGGGAUCUGCUACCUCCGGCGGCGCGCCCGCCUCCGCCGCCUUGUCCCCGCCAGCCGGAGGCCCCGGGCAGCCGCCGGAAAAUGACGCUCUGCUGCUGGUGCUUAACUUGGUGCGGGGCGGAGCCUCCGGAAACCCCUCGCGAGGCUCCUCUCAGGAUUCCCCGCCGACACAGCGGCCGCGGGUGGAGGGCAAACCGGGCGGCGAGGCGGGAGGAGAAGGCCCGGCCUCGGCGCCGCUCUCGGAGGGCGGCGGGCCGCAGGAGGAGCCCGGCGGUGGCGGCUGCGGGCAGGGGAAUUCCUCCUUUUCGGGCACGCUGACCAUCAACAACCAGAGCCUGCUGGUCCGCUUCGAAAAUGGGACGCUUAGCUUCGGAGGCCCGGCGCCGGCAGCCCCAGUGCCGCCUCCUCCAGCUCAGCCGAGCGACGCCGCCCAGCCGCCGGCUGCACCCUCCGGCGGAUCUUCGCGGGUCCCGGCGUCACAUCCUCGCCCGGACUCCCACCGCGCCGAGACCUUUUCCCGCAAGCAGCUGUUGCGCCUGCAUCAACUGUCGGCGCGCUGCGGGAGCCCAACCGGCGCGGGGCAGGAGGGCGGAGAGGCGGCGGGUGCAGCUGCUGCUCCUCCAGCAGGCGCCAGCCGGACGGCGCGUCCCUUCAGCUGCCCGGUUCCCGGCUGCGCCUGGGCUUUCGCCACGGCCUACAAGCUGCGGCGCCACCUGCAUUCCCACGACAAGCUGCGGCCCUUCGCCUGCUCGGCGCCGGGCUGCACGAAGCGCUUCACCACCAUCUACAACCUUCGGGCGCACGGCAGGGCUCACGAAGAAGAGGCGAGGCUCAAAUGCGAGGCUUGCGGACAGCGCUUCCCCAGCGCCGCCCGGCUUGGGGCGCAUCAGCGGCGGAGCCACCUGGAGCCAGACCGGCCUUACCGCUGCGAGUACCCAGGUUGUGAGAGGACUUUCAUAACAGUGAGUGCAUUAUUUUCUCAUAAUCGAGUCCACUUCAGGGAACAAGAAAUGUUUUCCUGCUCCUUCCCAGGCUGUAACAAGCAGUAUGACAAAGCUUGCCGGCUGAAAAUCCACAUGAGAAGUCACACAGGAGAAAGACCUUUCAUUUGUGACUUUGAAGGCUGUGGCUGGUCUUUCACCAGCAUGUCUAAGCUAUUAAGACAUAAAAGGAAACAUGAAGAUGACAGGAGAUUCACAUGCUCUGUAGAAGGUUGUGGAAAAUCUUUUACAAGAGCAGAACAUUUGAAAGGCCAUAGUAUAACUCAUCUUGGUACAAAACCAUUUGAAUGCCCUGUGGAAGGUUGUUGUGCAAAGUUCUCAGCACGCAGCAGUCUAUAUAUUCACUCCAAAAAACACCUUCAGGAUGUGGAUUCAUUGAAGAUGCGUUGCCCCGUAUCCAGUUGUAGCAAAUUAUUCAAUUCAAAGCAUAGUAUGAAAACCCACAUGGUCAAGCAACACAACUUUAGUGCAGAUCUAUUAAAUCAGAUGGAAACCAUUGGUUCCCUCACACCUAGCAACGAACUUGCCAAUUCAGGACAAAGUGACCUCAGCAAUGUAGAUCUGGUGUCCCUUUUUUCUAGUGCAUCUGGGAACUCCUCUGGAAUUUCAGCUGAUAUGGCUCUAAUAAACUCUGGAAUCCUUACCAUAGAUGUUGCUUCAGUGGGCUCUACGCUUGGAGGCAGUCUGUCUGUCAAUAGCAGUUCCCUUGCUCAGACAGUUGACCCACUGAUUUUAGUGGCUAGUAGUGACAUUCCACACAGCCUGGAUAGCUCUCUUUUAUUGGGAACCACCACCACCGUUUUACAGCAAAGCACUUUAAAUCUGGAUGAGGUACAGACUGUGAAUGCAGAAGCCUUAGGCUCAUUAGCAUCUUUGUCAACAAGAAGUUCCAGUCAAGACUUGCACGGUUUGACUUCUAGCAAUAACUUGUCAGUAGACACAGCCACUUUAACCCCUUCCAGCAGCCUUGGUGGAAACAAUACAGCUGAAUUGUUAGCUCCAAAUAAAGCAGAGCAAACUUUGCUUCCUAGCCUGGACGUUGUGGAGCAACAAGAAGGCAGCAAAAUGGUCACUCAGUAUGUGUUCUCCAACCCUUCAGGAAGUUACAGUGCACAGAAAGAAACUGAUCUGAGCACAGGGACUGGCAGCUCUAUUCCGGAGAGUGGUGGGUCUGCGAGAACAGAUUAUCGAGCUAUUCAGCUUGCCAAAAAAAGAAAGCAAAAAGGAAAUGGGAAUGGGAAUGACAUAGGCUCAACUGACUCUGGUAUAAGAAAAAGCAAAAAUGAUAAAGUUAACUGUUUUAGUCCUGGAAAUCGGUUAUGCAACAGUAUUUUGCCUAAUGGAAAUCUAACAGUAAGAGACCCUUCAGCUGGCACACAGUUUGUUCAAAUUCAGUUGCUUCAGGAUGAUUCUCCAGGAGAAGGAGAUCUACCCUUCCAGCUCAGUUCUCAAUCUUCCUCCUCACACUCUCAGCUGACAGUAGAUUUACCUGUUCAUAUUCUUCAGGAGCCACACAAUUCUGCUGAAGAAGAUGCCAAUUCUGAUAAUUCCCAGUUUACAGGAAGCACCAUUAAUCUACAAGACCUUGAAUGAUUUUGUUGGAGAUAGAAGCAUUGGAACUUUCAGACACAGAAGCAUACUGAGAAAUAAGAGUCUGUUCCUGCUUUGAAAGGAAAAAGUAAACAAUGGAAGCAUGCUCACCAGUGCUGGGAUGCUUGAUGGUUAUCGUGCAACAGAAAACUUGUUCAGUAAAUUUUAUUUGAUAAGGCAAUUUGAGAUCUUGGUAUGUUCUAUCUUAGAGUCAGGAAAAAGGAACAUAUGGGGGAAUUAAAGUCCUGCAUUAGAGUGAACGUGCAGUGGUGAUAUUCCACACUGAUUUUAAGAAUAAUUAAGAAUUAAUUAAGAAUAAUUCUCAAAAUAGUAGAUAAUUAAGCUUAGCACUUUUUUCUUGAAAUGAAUUAAAUUUUGGGUUAAAAUGAAGGAAUAAGCAGGAAGACCAAUUAAUUUUUGCAAACUGACAUUUUAAAGAGACAAGAGCAUAAAAAUAGUACCAUACUCAGGGAUAGUAAAGGUUGAAUUAGUAGAGCAAUAUGAUUUCUUGCUCUUGCUAUCUCUAAUUUAGCAUUUUACAUUGAACGUGAGAAAGCUGCCUAGCACAUGUUAUUUCUUACCACUUUGGCUAUGUUUACAGUAAUAUAAAACAGUAUUGCCAAUUUGUACAAAGUUACCUUUAUUACAUAUACCCAUCAUGGUGCAUUUUUGGUCAAAAAUAGGUUUUGCUGAUUUCAGUAGAACUUACUGCUAAAUUAAUGUUGAAAUAACGGUCUGCCUACUAUUUACAUACAGACUAUCUGGCUGCAGAAAGAGCUUCCAGCUAGUGUCAGUAGCAUAUAAAAGUAACAUCUUGACCGAAACGAAAAAUACAUCUUUAUAUGUUUUUAAAACACCUAUCUUUUAUUCUAAGAUAAUAGAAUUAAUUCGUACAGGCUUUUAAGAAGAAAUACUAAGACUUCAGCUUCAGAGAAAUAAAUGUCAGUAUUUUACAAUAGAAUUUAAGUCUGGAACUUAAAGCAUUUUAUUCAUGACAUGCCACAUGGCAUUAAAAUUAUACAUAUGUACGGCUUAGUUAAAAAGUUGUGUGAGCAUUGUUGUUUUUUAUACAAAGAUAUCCUACAAAGGAACACUUUCGAAUUUUGCUUAUUUAUUUACAGUUAGGAGAAAAUUAAAGGUUAAUUGCUUUGAAUAUAUGAGUGAGCAACAAAUUUCUCUAAAUUGACCCUUCUUCCAUCACAUUCUAAAUUUGUAUUCUUGGAACUCAUGCUUAAGUAAAACUAGCCUUGCCCUAUCACCUCUGCAACAUCUUCUAGCAGCACUGACAAAGAGGAAGAGAGAUAAGCAGCCUUCUCUGGACCUUAUACUGUUCACUGUGCAUCAUGUGGCCUUCUCUGUUUUGGAAGUCAGGAGCCUUAGGAAAUAUAUUCCCUAGACCUGUUGAAAUCCGAAGGGAGGUUCCCGGGCCUGGUCUCCCUUAUACAAUAUACCAGGAGGAUAUUACGUCUCAAAUGGCUUUGGAAAUAUUAUUUUCUACUGUGUUAUUAAAUCGUGGAUAAAUUCUGUCUUGGAUUAUUCACAAUAGAUUAUUCCAAAUUAAGAGGACUUACCCAUAAAUAGAAAUAUACUAAUUGAUGCCUGUGCCUUUUGAACUUCAUUUUCAGAAGAAUGUAGUUUAGAAGCAUUUUAUACAGAUUACAUUAAUUCAGAUUUUGAUUUGUGGAUUUUUUUUUUUUUUUUUUUUUUUUUUAGAAAAAAGAAAAUCUUGGGUGGGUAUUUUUCAUUGACCGUAAAACAUUUACCGGACUAUCUUGACCUAUUACUAUACAUUUACAUUAUCAAAACAAAUUAUUUUCAUUUCUGAUAUAAAACCUCUCAGUGGAGAAAGUGAAGAAAUUGCUUAUUUUUAAACAUCUUGUCUUUUCUUUCUAUCACCAAGGUUCAGUUUUCAAGAUGAAUGGGGGCAUUUUGCCCUCAACAAUUGUCACUUCAAAAACUCAGUGGAAUAGUUCACACACUUACUGUGAUUGUGAUCCUCUGUAAACUGUAAUGCAAGCACACCUGUCUGUUAUAAAGAUACACAGGUAGAUUUAGAUUAAAUAGGUGGACCAGAAGAAGCCUGUUCAUUCCUUAUUCCUUUUCUUUGAGUAAAAAAAACAACAUUUUGUGAUUUCCAUAGUAGGCGUGGCUUCCAUUUCCUACUAAGUAUGGGGCAGACCACUCAAUUCUUUUUAACUCAAAGAGGAUCCCUAACUUGGUAAGAAUGUGAAUUGUAUCCAUUUGUUGUGGUGCUUCUGUUUUACGGAGUCUUGCUUAUUGAAAAAUAAGUAAUUGCUUUUCUUGGACAGACAAAUGUGUUCUUUUAUGAAGUUUAUAUACUCAGUUUUAACUCU